GGCUGAGGGUCAGUGUGCAGUAGAGGGACAGACGGGAUAUUCUUCUGUUCUACAGUAAGUAUAUUUCCACCUGUGUAGCACUUGGCUUAGUCAAACUACAGAUUGUCUUUAUACCUCUGUCAUUAGCAUUUCAUGUAAAAGAAUUGAAGCUCAUAUAUCGUCUCAAUAAUGGAAACGUUUUAUGAUCAUUGCUUCCCAGGAUACGUUGUGGCUCUCAAUGAUUUUGUUUUUUUGGCUGAAGAUAGAAAAAAUUCUUAACACUGUAUGUCUCACAUAUCGCAAUAUAUUUUCAGAAAUUGCAACUCAGGUGGUAUAACGUGUAUUUCUGAAGUGAUGUAUAUGACAGUCUAUAUCAUGGCAACGUCAUGUUAAUAAUGAUGACUCAUUGUUUAUUUAUAGUGCAUACAUUUCACUGAAGAUGGAUGGUGAAUUAAAAAAGUUCUUUUUUUUUUUGCUUUUUUAUCCAUAGUCUUAUUAAAGUGUUUGUUUUGGUGUUAUCUAGAAGUGCUGAGUUGCUACAGUUGUAUAUAUAUACAAAUUAGAUAAAAUCAAGCCUGUACUUUCAUGGACAUGUAGGGAAAGCUUAUUCACUAAUGAAAAAGUCCUUGGUCCUUAGAUAUAAAUGAGCAAUUAAAACAUUACAGCCAUAUGAAAUGGAGUUGAAAGGACUUUGUGCUUGCUCACAUAUUCUAGUCAACAAUGAAAUAAUACAAAAUUAUUUCUUAACAGAUGUCUUGCCAAUAUACAUGCAUACAGUACAUACACAUACAGUAUAAUCUGUUGAUAAAUUCAAUAUUGUUUGAUGCUUUGGACUAUAUAAACGAUAAAACGCCAUUCCUAAUAGCAACUGUUAGGCAGGGCCGAAGUGUUGGUACCGAGAAGCCACACUUGCAAAUAGCUUCAGGAAAUGAGCCACACAGGAAGUGCACUCUCCUAGACCAAUGAGGUCUGGUGCUUCAGCCAUAAGGGAGCAGCUGUAAAAAGAGAUUUCAUGGGUUUGACUGAACAGGCUGUUCAUGGUUUUAUCUGUCAUGCAACUAAUUUUGAAAGAUUACAUGUAAUCACGGCCAAUGAUUUUGGCUGCUGCUCUGUUCACGUUCUGAAUUAUUACAGUACCUUCAUCAUGACUGCACUUUUACAUCAGGAGAACAUGAGUACAUUCAGCCUGAUCACCCAACGGGACGUAAGCAUAGUACCUCCGGUCAAAUCCUCCAAAAUGACCAACAUAAGUGUUAGUUAGGCCAGUUACAGCGGUUGUGUGGUUGUGUGAAUUUCACCUCAGAAACUGAGAAUAAAUAAGAAAAAGGAAAAAAGAGAAAUUAAGAUUUCCCUGCACCCCACUCCCCCUACUCUAAAUCCCUUCUCAACUUGUUUUGUUUGAAUGAUUUAGCCAUUUAUUUCAUUGUAUUUAUGUCGAGCAGCUUGUCUUAUUGUGCAAAAUAAAGAAAAAAGCGACACAAAGUGUAAUGACGGAUCUGACAGACUUCAAACCCAGGGUUCUGGCAGAAGAGGAUGUUGCGCUGACCACAGCACUGAACUAGCACAGCGGUUAUACCGCCACUCUAGUGUAUGAGCCUGUUCUCCCAUCAGCACGGAAACACAGUACGCUUAUUGUCGAAAUGACCUUGUGUGCUACGUAGGCAAUCAUGUUGGUAUAUUCAUGCAUUCCUGUGUACAGAAUGUUGACAGUACUAAUGGACUGCACUCUUACCCACAAUACAGUGCCCUGGAAUACUGAAGAUCGGACUCCAGUGUCUCACAUGUUGCAUUGGAGUUUUCACUGACACAGAAAAUCAGGUACGACAAACAGACCAACUGCAUGCAGGCAAAUAAAGAAAGCAUUUGCUGCUGUCCAUUCAUUCUGUAAAUAAUGUGUAGUUAUGCUGGUUAAGUUAUUGCAGGCCUUCCUUACAUGCACAAAGUGCAUUUACUUCAUGGGCAGCGUGGUCAAAUAACUUUCCAAAAUUGCAUGUAAUUGCAUUUUAUCUCCAAGAUAAAAAGGCAGAAUAACUCAGAAUAACAGGAGUUAAACAGAACAAAUAAAAUUCAGGUAUAAUUCUAUCUGUCCAAUCAGUGAGUCCCACUGCUGCUGGUUGAUAAAAGGACUGAAUAGGAGGUUUGCACAAACAGCCUGUCUGUUGGUGCAUCUGAUGAGUGUGUUUCUCGUUCUCCAAAUCAGCUCCACCCAGUGCCUCUGCUCCUCACUAAUGCUGAGACAUGAUUGGAGCAGAGAGAUUCAUCCUCAUUGGCUGUCUGCUGCAAGGAGCCUUGGGCAGCGAUUGGGCAGUCCGGAUGCCUCAGCGUAUUGAAGCUCUGAUUGGAUCCUGUGUCCUGAUUCCCUGCAGAUUUGAGAUCCCAUCUGAAUAUGACUCAGAUCUAUUACAGGAGCCAUCUUCAGUUAAUGGAAAAUGGAAAAAAGAUGAAACUAUAGUGUUUGAUUCCAGCAGCCAAUCUGCAUCCUCUCUGCAUGGAAAGAUCACUGGAGACCUCUUGCAUAAAAACUGCACUACAGUCCUGGAGAACCUUCCAAUGAAUUAUCAUGGUCAUUAUAAAUUCAGAUUAGAAUGCAACAAUAGACUCAAAUGGAAUUUUGAACAAAGUGUUCAAAUUAAUAUCACAGACUCUCCACCCAAACCCAAGUUAACCCCAGAGAAGGUGGAGGUGAUGGAGGGGACAUCUGUGAGCUUGAGCUGCUCUGCUGCAGCCCCCUGUCCCAAACUCCCCCCAAAUCUGACAUGGACCCCCAGGCUGAGUGACAGUUUGGAUCAACUGCAAGAGAAUGAGGAUCGAACCAAAUCUGUGUCUUCUGUUCUGACCUUCACUGCUUCCCACCUCCACCAUAGGCAGAAGAUCAUCUGCAGGGCACUUUACACACUGCAAAAACGAGACACUCAGAAGACGUCUAAGGCCAGUAUGAUUCUCAGAGUUCGAUAUGCUCCUAAGAACACCUCAGUGUCAGUCAGUCCCUCUGGAUCAGUGUUAGCGGGCAGCUCUGUGACUCUGACCUGCAGCAGUAAUGCCAACCCAGCAGUGCAGAACUACAUCUGGUAUAAAGUGAAUGGGACAGAGAUGAACACUGUAGGAACUGGACAGAAUCUCACCUUCAAUGUGACUGAGUCCAGUGGCACUGAACAGUACUACUGUGAAGCACAGAAUGAACAUGGAAAAGAUAAAUCAAAAACUGUACAACUGGCACUUGAUUAUCCGCCUAAGAACACCUCAGUGUCAGUCAGCCCCUCUGGUUCACUGUUAGAGGGCAGCUCUGUGACUCUGACCUGCAGCAGUAAUGCCAACCCAGCAGUGCAGGACUACACCUGGUAUAAAGUGAAUGGGACAGAGAUGAACGCUGUAGGAACUGGACAGAAUCUCACCUUCAAUGUGACUGAGUCCAGUGGCAGUGAACAGUACUACUGUGAAGCACAGAAUGAACAUGGAAAAGAGAAAUCAACAACUGUACAACUGGAACUUGAUUGUAAGUUUGCUAUUAUGUCACACAUACGUUCUUGACAGUUCUUUUUUUUU